GUUCCACUGUCCCUGCCUCCUCGGACCCACGGAUGAUUCUCAGCUGCUUGUGAUGGCAAACAUGACUUUCAUCCGCAUGUGAGAUGACUACCAUCAGAAUCCCAUUCUUCGGCCUCGCAGGAUCUCAGAUCAGACUAUCUGAGGAUAAUCCCCACCACCGAUCGUAGCUCGAGCUGAGGUAGCCCGGGAAUGAUUGAGACGAUCAUUCCUAGGAAUUCGUGACCCAUCGUAGGAGCGCAAAUGGCUUCGAUCAACGACUUGCCAGAGUAUGUUCUGGAGUACAUACUUCUGCACGUCUCACCGUAUUCUGAUCUUAAAUCAUGUUCCCAGGUGAAUCAUUUGUGGAAUCGGAUGGCGAAAAGUGCCUUGGAGAAAAAAAGACGUGGUUUGAACGAGGCGGUGCAGAAGCAAGCAUUGGACUGGUUCAUUAAGAGACAACAAGCCGGGACUUCUUCAUGCAUUCAGAAACGACAUUCUCACGCUUGUGCUGUGCUCGGGAGACGAAUGUACAUUUUCGGCGGAUGCACUUCUAACACUUCGACAACUUAUAAUGAUCUCUGGUCUUUCGAUCUCUCACGCAGGGUUUGGGUCAGACCGUUGUCGUUCGGGACACCUCCGCCUCCAAAAGCCUGCUCUUCCUUAAUAGCGUACAAAGAAAAACUUGUGCUUUUCGGAGGCUGGGCGCACACAUCACCGUAUUACCCUUUGUACAAUUCAUGGCGUAUAUUCGAUAGUAUACACCUCUUCGAUCCUGCAUUGAAUAGAUGGACCGAAGUAGCACGUCGAGAAAGCUCAGGUUUCUGCCCAGCGACCGCGGGUCAUUCGGCCGCUUUGUUCCGGAAAAACUUGAUGCUGCUAUUUGGAGGACUCCAAGCUCUUGAUGACGGCCGCGGUCCUCCUUACAAUAUGUCGAACGACAUCUGGCUUCUCGAUCUACGGAGCAUGCAGUGGCAGAAACAAACAAUAGAAGGCAAAAAACCCAAAGCUAGAUACGGUCAUUCCCAGAUCAUUGUGGAUGACCAUCACAUUUUCAUCAUUGGUGGAUGUAGCGGACCGGACGAGAUGCUGUAUGACAUGUGGUUGUUGGAGGCGUUGGACGACGGAGACAGUGAAGGCUUCCCGAGUGGUCGAAAUUGGAAGUGGCAUUUGAUAGAAGUCACCAAUCAGAAAGACGGCGCGCCAAGGCUCAGCUUCCAUCCCGCUUGUCGCGUUGGCGAUAAUGUCGUCAUUCUAGGUCGUAGUCGGUAUGCGAAGAAGAACAUUCUCCAUCGAUCGGGCAGCUCGGGACCGUCGACGCUGAACGCUGCGGACUUCAACUUCCCGCCCAAUACCUCAGGCACAAAAGCGUGGCAGUCCACGAUGUGUGUCUACGCACUGAACAUUUCGGAACUUGUUGAAAAGCAUCGAGUUACGUGGCUCGAGCGAGGCGAGACCUCGGCUCGGCAACCCGAGCAUCUUGUGCUCUACACACUCGUCAAAGGCGAAGGCGAACUCCUAAUGUUCGGUGGCAUAAGAAGAGAUUCUACCGCGGCUCCUCGAACCGACAACAAUGUAGAAACUGCAUCAAAUACCCUGUACUCACUCUCGUUCCAGCAAGCCGUGAUAUAAAUUUCAUACCUGACCGGAUA